CCUCCUGUCAGCCAGAGAACCAGGAAGUACCCGGAUCCUAAAUGCGACAGCCACACACGCUGCUGAGAAGUUUAUUCACCUGAUGAAGAUGUGUACUGCUGUGUGUGUCUUCAUCCUUUUGGUUUACAGUCUGAGCGGAUCCUCAGAGUCAGGACUUGUCAGCAGACCUUCUCGUGUCCGACUCACCUCCUUCAACAUGGACCUGGUGCUCAGGUGGGAUCCACCUGCAGGAGAAGAAGGUGACCUGAGAUACACGGCCCAGUACAGAGUUGUUAGCACUCACAGAGAGUUGGAGUGGAUAGCUGUCUGUGUGAACGUGUCUCGCUGUGAGUGCGACCUGUCCCAUCUGCACAGUGUGUUUGGGACGUACGAAGGCCGGGUGAGGACACAGAGGGGGGAGGAGAGCUCUGAGUGGGUUAAGAGUGACAACCUCACCCUGGACAGAGACACCAUCAUCGGAUCGCCCGGCGUCUCUCUCCUCUCUCACGGACAAUACAUAGAAGUGAGCGUGACAGAUCCAGAGUUCUCCAGCUCUGCACUCAGGACAGUUUACAGCUCCCCAACCUACAACAUCACCUACUGGAGGGAUGGACAUAAAGACCAGGCCAAAAGCAUCACCAACAUCCAGCAGAACCCGGCGGUUUUAGAUGAACUGGAUGCCCGGACUAUGUACUGCGUCCAGGUCCAGAUCCACACAGACACAAACCUAAACCCGAGCCAAUCCAGCAGGACCGUCUGUGAGAGCACCACCAACAGAGAGGAGGCUCCGUGGGCUGUAGCCGUGGCGAUAUUUGUCGUCAUGGCGAUAGCGAUGGCUGUGGUCGUGCUAGCAGUCGUGUAUCGCAAAAGAAUAUCCCACUUUCUGUGUCCAAAAGUUCCACUGCCUCAGGACUUUGUGGACCAUCUGGCUCCACUCAACUCUCACAUGUACAGAGCCAUGCGGGACUCUAAAACACCUGAGGAGAUCUGCCACCCAGUGUGUGUGAUCGAAUAUGACAGGACUAAGGAGGAGGAGCCCCCCCUGCAGGCAGACAGGAGUGAGGCAGAGGAGGGCCCCCUGCAGGCCGACAAACCUGAGAAGGAUGGACGCCCCCUGCAGGCAGACAGGACUGAGGAGCGCCCCCUGCAGGCAGACAGGACUGAGGAGCGCCCCCUGCAGGUAGACAGGACUGAGGAGCGCCCCCUGCAGGCAGACAGGACUGAGGAUCGCUCCCUACAGGCAGACAGGACUGAGGAGCGCCCCCUGCAGGCAGACAGGACUGAGGAGCGCCCCCUGCAGGCAGACAGGACUGAGGAUCACUCCCUACAGGCAGACAGGACUGAGGAUCGCUCCCUACAGGCAGACAGGACUGAGGAGCGCCCCCUGCAGGCAGACAGGACUGAGGAGCGCCCCCUGCAGGCAGACAGGACUGAGGAUCACUCCCUACAGGCAGACAGGACUGAGGAUCGCUCCCUACAGGCAGACAGGACUGAGGAGCGCCCCCUGCAGGCAGACAGGACUGAGGAGCGCCCCCUGCAGGCAGACAGGACUGAGGAUCAGUCCCUACAGGCAGACAGGACUGAGGAGCGCCCCCUGCAGGCAGUUGAAGAUUUUCUAUAUGUUUUUUUAAAUAAAGAAUAAUUGUUGUUUACACUGUUGAUUUAUAUAAUUUCAAAGGAGACUGUGUCUCCAUGUAUGUGGUGUUCAAACAUUUAAACACUCACACUACUCCUGAAAACUUCCUGAAAAUGUUCAGGUUAAGCUCCAUGUGUGAACACAAACAGACACAUUUUUUAUUAAGUAACAGUGGACCAGCUUACCCCCAUGUAGUAGUGGAGUGGUCUUUGAAGCAGUUAAAGGCACACUUGUUUGGGAGAGGUCAAGGUAGACAGUAAAAAGGGAGUAGAAAACGCAAGUAAUGCCUGUAACCACAUCCCGAUCCACCCGAUCCACUACUACACAGAGGUAUGCUGGUCCACUGUUGCUUUUCUUCUGUAUUUGUCCCCACUACAGCGCACCUUGUAUUACAGAUAAUUACCCGACACUCAGUGAGCACAGCCAGCUGCCAUCCAUUGUUUACACAUUUUCAAUUCUGACUUCAUUCAGACUUUUUUCAGCCGGACCCCCAGGAAAAUGUCAGCUGGAGUUGGGGUGUGUGAACAAAGCAGGAAAUAUAAAGGAUAAUUCGCCUGGAGCGAGCAGGUGGUGGUAAUGGGUGCACAUCAAUAAGAAUUGGCACAUGACCAUUGUCUCUAACAAGGAGCAUCCUCCGGUGUUGAAAAAUGAAGUCAUUGCGAAAGUGCAAAACCCUGCAGUUUGUUGAGUGUCCGCUUGAGGCUGAAGUCAUAUACACACCACAUUAAAAAAAAGCCUGUUUUUACAUGUUUACAGCCUGAUACAAAGAACUAAAUAGGUCUGAUACACUGGUACAUUGAUGAAUAUUUCCUGCUGUGUUCGCACAUCAGCUCACAUCGAUUUCACACCAAAUAUUUACUUAGGGGUCUGGCAGGAGAAAGUCUGUGUAAAGUCCGUCGGAGUAAAAAAAGAAAAAAAUCAUCUGUUUUUGUUCACACAGAAUUUCAGGAAGUAUUCUGGAGUUUUGUGCAAGUGUGAAAACAGCACCUGAUGUGCAGGUAAAGGACUGAUGCCUCGUCCAGGUGGAGGCGUCUGGGAGUUACUCUGAAUAUCUGUUCAAGAAAACCUGAACAUUAAACCUUUUAAAGAGCACCCUCGAUGAAACACUGAGGUUCAUGUUUACUGCCAGUCUGAAGGUUUUAUGAACAGAAAUAACUCAGUGAAACCAGGAGAGUGUGUGUGUGUGUGUGUGUGUGUGUGUGUGUGUGUCACAGCUGAGCCCUUCACGUGGUUGUGCAGCUCAAAGUUUACACAUUGAGCUUGAAUAAAUAUUUGAACACUU